CAUGAUUGCUGUCAAUAGGUUCUUGGGCUGAGCAAACGGCUAGCUGAAUCUUGAGAGAAAAGGACUGUCUUCAUUUACCAUGAAGAUAAAAAUAUCUGUGAUUCUUUCCCUAGCAAACUGUUGCUUCCUUUUGGGUACUGGAACUGCAGAAAAGCUCGACUGCAGAAAAUACCUAAGAGGUAAACACGCCCAGAUAAGCUGUGAUACAAAGUAUGCACCGGUUUGUGGAACUGAUGGUCUUACUUAUGGCAGCGAAUGUAUGCUGUGUGCCAUUAUCAGGUGUGGAAAACUUGUAGAUCUGGCACAUGAAGGAAAAUGUGAUGAAUGCAGCGGGUUUCUAGAACCAACAAAGGGCCACCCUCCCAAGUGCACAGCAGUUCAUGGGUCUGUCUGUGGCAGUGAUGCUGUGACGUACCCAAACAAGUGCUCUUUUUGUGUUGCCAAAAAGAAAUGUGGAUGUCCUCUGGAGAUAAAAUAUCUCGGAGAAUGCCAAAAACAGCCACAUGUCUGCAGUAGAUACCCAGAAACAGUGAAGUGUGAUGAUGAGGACAGUCCUGUCUGCUGCAACACAGGAGUGACAUAUACUAACAAAUGCCUCUUCUGUGUAGCAUGGAGGAAAAGUGGAGGUGACCUAACUAUUGUUCAUGAGGGUAAAUGUAAACCAAAGGAUGUGUGCAGUGACUUUCCAUACGAUGAUUGCACAAUGAUAGAAAACCCUAUCUGUGGCAGUAAUGGUGUGACAUAUAUCAAUUUAUGUCUAUUCUGUAAGGCCAAAAGGGAAAGUGGAGGUGUUCUAACUAUUGUUCAUGAGGGUAAAUGCAAACCAAAGGAGGUAGAAGAGGAAAAGGAGGAGACGGAAGAAGAAGAAGAAGAAGAAGAAGAAGAAGAAGAAGAAGAAGAAGAAGAAGAAGAAGAAGAAGAAGAAGAAGUGGAGGAGGAGGAGGAGGAGGAGUAUGAGGAAGAGGAGGAGGAGGAGGAGGAAGAGGAAGAGGAAGAGGAGUAUGAGGAAGAGGAGGAGGAGGAGGAAGAGGAAGAGGAGGAGGAGGAGAAAGGGGAGGUGGAGAAGGAGGAGGAGGAGAAGGAGGAGGAGGAGAAAGGGGAGGUGAAGCAGGAAGAGGAGGAGGAGGAGAAGGAGGAGGAGGAGAAGGAAGAGGAGGAGGAGAAGGAAGAGGAGGAGGAGAAGGAGGAGGAGAAGGAAGAGGAGGAGGAGAAGGAAGAGGAGGAGGAGAAGGAGGAGGAGGAGAAGGAGGAGGAGGAGGAGAAGGAAGAGGAGGAGGAGAAGGAAGAGGAGGAGGAGAAGAAGAAGGAGGAGGAGGAGGAGGAGAAGGAAGAGGAGGAGGAGAAGGAAGAGGAGGAGGAGAAGAAGGAGGAGGAGGAGGAGGAGAAGGAAGAGGAGGAGGAGAAGGAAGAGGAGGAGGAGAAGGAGGAGGAAGAGGAGGAGGAGAAGGAGGAGGAGGAGAAGGAAGAGGAGGAGGAGGAGGAGGAGGAGGAGGAGGAGAAGGAAGAGGAGGAGGAGAAGAAGGAGGAGGAGAAGGAGGAGGAGGAGAAGGAAGAGGAGGAGGAGAAGAAGGAGGAGGAGAAGAAGAAGGAGGAGGAGAAGGAGGAGGAGGAGGAGAAGGAAGAGGAGGAGGAGAAGAAGGAGGAGGAGAAGGAGGAGGAGGAGAAGGAAGAGGAGGAGGAGAAGAAGGAGGAGGAGAAGAAGGAGGAGGAGAAGGAGGAGGAGGAGAAGGAAGAGGAGGAGAAGAAGAAGGAGGAGGAGAAGAAGGAGGAGGAGGAGAAGGAAGAGGAGGAGGAGGAGAAGGAGGAGGAGAAGGAAGAGGAGGAGGAGAAGGAGGAGGAGAAGGAAGAGGAGGAGGAGAAGAAGGAGAAGGAGGAGGAGGAGAAGGAAGAGAAGGAGGAGAAGAAGGAGGAGGAGAAGAAGGAAGAGGAAAAGGAAGAAGAGAAGAAGGAAGAUGACGUAUGCAAAAAGUUUUGGGUACCCAAUUUGAGCUGCAGAGAUGAAGAGAAACCCGUCUGUAGCACAGAGAACCAACCGUAUAGCAGUUUCUGCAUGCUGUGUUUUGCAAAACAGUACAAGCCGGACAUUAGUAUGGCGUAUGAAGGCAAAUGCAAGGAAUGAAAGAUGAAUAACGAUAGAAGAAACAUUAUUCUUCAAUGGAACACGUGCUUUUGAUUACUCUUUGCAAAGAUACUGUAUCUGUACCAUGUACUGUAAAGAAUAGUUUUUAUUGAUUUGCUGAUAGAAUGAAGCAUAUAUGAGAGACAAACAUUUUACAAUGAGAAAUGUAAAACCCAUUCACUCCCCAUUUAAAGGUUUUUCUCAAAGAUUCAUGGUUUGAAAGGCUGGUGGCAGCCUUGUUCAAAAAUAUGAAGUUUAUUUAAUCUCCUGGAUUAUUCCAGGAUCUGUUGUGCGCAGAAUAAAAUACAUAUUUAACAAA